UAUAAUUUGUUUACUGUAGAUAUGGAACCAUCCUGGAAUUUUACAACUGAUGAAAGAUAACAAAGACUAUGGUAAAUGUGAAGAUGUAGAAAAUUUUCUUGCAGAUGAUAGCUCAAGCGAUGAGAAUGUGGAGUACAACAAUAUGAUUUCUAGAGAGAAGCAGGUCAAUCCUCCCAGGAAAAAUGAUAAUGGAUUUCUUCAUGAGGAUUGGUGGCGAGAUCUCCUUCAGGAAAAUAACUAUAAGGAGGUUGAUUACAGUGGCAAAAUGGUUUUGCUACUUGAUAUCCUAAAAAUGAGCUCCAGUAUGGGUGAUAAGGCCCUGGUUUUUAGCCAGAGUCUAUCAACUUUGGAUCUAAUCGAGUUUUAUCUUUCAAAAUUGCUUCGUCCUGGGAAAAAGGGAAAAUGCUGGAAAAAAGGGAAGGACUGGUACAGGUUUGAUGGACGAACAGAGAGCUUUGAGAGGCAGAAACUUGUUGAGAGGUUCAAUGAGCCUUCAAAUAGAAGGGUCAAAUGCACUUUGAUAUCUACAAGGGCUGGCUCUCUUGGCAUCAACCUUCAUGCUGCUAACCGAGUAAUUAUUGUCGAUGGCUCUUGGAACCCAACAUAUGAUCUUCAAGCUAUAUAUCGGGUUUGGAGAUAUGGCCAAACAAAGUCUGUCUUUGCAUAUCGUUUGCUGGCACACGGAACAAUGGAGGAAAAAAUUUAUAAGCGUCAGGUGACUAAGGAAGGUCUUGCAGCAAGGGUGGUUGAUAGGCAACAGGUACAUAGAACAAUGUCUAAAGAGGAAAUGUUGCAUCUGUUUGACUUUGGCGAUGAUGAAAAUGCUGACACAAUGCCUGAGUUGGUUCAAGAGACUGGAGUUAUUACUGAAUCAAAUAUAGCUUUGGACACAAAGCCUGAGCUGGUUCAAGAGACUGGAGAUAUUACUGAAUCAAAUACAACUGCUGGCACAACGCCUGAGUUGGUUCAAGAGACUGUUGUUAUGACUGAAUCAAAUACAACUUGUCACGUGGGAAGUUAUUUGAAGCAGAAACUGCCACUUCUUCAUGGAAACUCAUCUGCUGACAAGUUAAUGCAAAGCUUGAUUAGCAGGCACCAUCCCAGGUAAACUCAUUUUACUUGUGUA